CAACAAAAAAAAAAUCUGAUUCUCGAGAGUUGUAAGAAGAACCCGUGUGGCACUAAGAAAAACAAUGUCGAGACUCCCGUCGAAGAAAGUUCUUGACGAUCUUUACAGUCGAUUUGUUUUGAACGGCCCCGAGGAAGAAAAGCAGUCUUUGAAUCGACUCAUGUUUCUUGUAGAGAACGCUCACUGGUACUACGAAGAUAAUGUCGUCGAAAACGACCAAACCCUAAAGUCGCUGUCUUUGAGAGAGUUUACUUGUCUCUUAUUCAACAACUCUGAUGUGUUGAGACCUUACGCUGCAAACAUGGAUAAGAUAUUGAGCGACUUUUUCGCUUACAAGUCUCGAGUCCCGGUCGCUGGUGCGAUUAUCCUUGACGAGACAUACGAACGUUGCUUGCUGGUCAAGGGAUGGAAACGAUCAUCCAGGUGGAGCUUUCCACGAGGGAAGAAGAAUACGAACGAAGAAGAUGAUGUUUGUGCUAUACGCGAAGUCCUUGAGGAGACAGGGUUUGAUGUAUCGAAGAUGCUUAAGAAAGAAGAAUACAUCGAGUUCACAUUCGAAGGAAAGAAAAGAGUGCGGCUUUACAUUGUGGUUGGCGUGAGAGAUGACACAGCUUUUGCACCGCAAACGAAGAAGGAGAUCAGUCAGAUCGCAUGGCAUCGGCUUGAUGGGCUUGAAAGUGGAUUCGCUGGUCUCAAGUUGUUUAUGGUUGCACCUUUUCUUGCAUCCCUGAAGUCGUGGAUGUCAUCAAAGCAUCUCAUGUCUCCUCUGAGCAUUGAUAAGCCCCUUAAACCACCACUCUGCGUGUGGAGUGCAGUAACAAAAACAAGAACAACGACAAUAACAAAAACGGAAAUAAGAAGAUACAAUGUAAAACCGUGGAAACAGUCUCUAAAGGUCGACAAGUCUGCAAUUUUGCCGGCCUUGGGAAUUUGUUCUUGAGUAGAGUCAGUUAUGUAUGGUUGAUAUUGGGAGUUAUGAUUUGGUGGGUUUGUACAGAGCAAGACCGUUGGAUAUGUUGCUUCGCUUAUACUUUUCUAUUUGGUCUGCUGUACAUGAUAUUGUAUUAUCAGUAUAUCCAGUAGUGAAUGAAACCAAGCUGUAUUCUUUAUUUUAAAAGACGUUUUCCUUAUUUGUUUCAGAGCAAGUAACAUUGU